AUGAGUCACACUAAUGAUACAACCGAAAUAGAUAGUGAUGAAACGGAGAUAUACGAAUAUGAUCAAAAUUUAGAAUCUUAUCAUGAAUCUGAUGAUGAUUGGUAUCCUGAAAACCAAGAUGACGGUUGGUUCGGAAAAAAUAAAACAACAUUUUGGAAAAAAUAUCUGCCAGAUUCAGUGUCAUUUCGAAAAAAUCCUCAUAACAUACUUCGAGAAAAGCAGGGAUUAAAAGGACCUGCAUUAAAUGCCGUAUCUCCGAACGAUUAUUGGUCAUUAUUUGUGACCAACGAAAUGUUGAAUUUAUUAGUAAGCAAUACAAAUGAAUUUAUUGAUACAAUCAACAUUCGCCAUACGUUCAAAGAAACAAAUGCAUUGGAAAUGAAGGCUUUUUUGGGAUUAUUAUUACUGACUGGAAUAUAUCGAAGCAAUCGGCUAAACUUGAAUGAUUUAUGGAUCAAUGAUGGCACAGGUGUAGAAAUUUUUCACUUGACAAUGUCACAAAGAAGAUUUCGAUUUCUGCUUGCAGUUUUACGAUUCGAUAGUAAAAUAACUAGGAACGAAAGAAAAAAAAUCGAUAAAAUUGCUCCCAUAAGGGAAUUGUUUGAAAUCUUUGUAACGAAUUGUGCCAUCAAUUAUUCACCAUCAAUGUCUUUGACAAUUGACGAAAUGCUAGUUGCAUUUCGCGGAAGAUGUUCUUUCAAACAGUACAUCCCUAGCAAGCCAGCCAAAUACGGCAUAAAAAUACACGCUUUGGCGGAUGCUGAAAAUGCUUACGUCUGCAAUAUGGAAAUAUAUCCAGGACGCCAGCCAACCGGUCCGUACAUGGUCGACAAUUCGGCCAAGGCCGUUGUUACCCGUCUAAUUAGGAACAUCUCCGGUUCGGGUCGCAACAUUACAUUUGAUAAUUGGUAUACAAGCUAUCCACUUGUAAAAUCGUUGAUGGAUGAAUAUCGCUUAAGCGCAGUUGGAACUUUGCGGAAGAAUAAACGCGAAAUUCCUCCAGAAUUUUUGACAAUUCGAAAUAGAGCUACAUACGAUAGCAUGUUUGGAUUUUCCAAUAAAAUCACAUUGGUAUCUUAUAUACCCAAAAGUAAAAAUAGAAAAAAUGUAUUGCUUUUGAGUACUAUGCAUUAUGAUAAAUCAAUUAAUCCUGAAAGUGGCGAAAAAAAGAUACCCGAAAUAAUUUCAUUUUACAAUGAAAACAAAGUUGGCGUGGAUUUAGCCGAUCAAAUGGCUGCAAGUUACAACGUAUCAAGGAAUAGCAAAAGAUGGCCCCUUACAAUUUUUUUCCACCUACUGAAUAUAGCCAAUAUAAAUUCUUUCGUUUUAUAUUCUCAAAAAUCGUCCAAUUUAAUGCGUCGUAGAAUUUUUAUCAAAAAUGUGGCCUUAUCAUUGAUUGAACCGAUAUUAAUUCAACGUAUGAAUUCUUCGUACAUUGAAAGACAAAUCAAAGAUGAUAUUCGGAAAAUCUUACCAAAUCGUGAUGCUCAAAGAAACAUCUAUUCUGAAUCUAAAUCUUCGUACGGUCGUGCGAGAUGUUAUAUAUGUCCACGAAAUCUUGACAUGAAACAUGCAAUUAAAUGUCAAGAAUGUAAAAAAACAAUUUGUGUAAACCAUUGCCGUGGCGCAACAUUCUGCGUUAAAUGCUUGGAUAAUGAUUCUGCUUAA